AAUCUCUCGGAAAAAGUGUCAACAGUUUGGGGGAAACGGCUCGACCAAACGUCCGUUGCCCGGAUUUGGCGGUGGCAGCUGUUUUACGAACUUGUCAGAGGAUUUGAACUUUGUCUUUUGGCCGAAAAAAAGAGGUCUUUCUCAAAGUUGAGCCGAAGAGUUCUUCUCUCAUUCAGGAUGUCGGACUGAGACAAAGGGGUCUGGGGGGCAUUCCCGUCGGAGCGCAGGUAAAACUUGAUUCUUGAAGUCCCCUCUGGAUGGGAAAGAUGGAGAGGGAGUUGCAAUGGUGGAAAGGACAGCUAGCUGCAGAUAUCCAUCAAUCCCUCCGCAUCAAGGAGCUGAAGUUACCCGUCUAUCGGGCCCACUCUCCGCAGAUCGGCAUGCGACGGUACUUUGCAGACUUGUUGGCCAUCCUCAGUAAUCGCUACCAGCUAUGUCCUACAGCACGUCACCUGGCCGUCUACCUGCUGGACUUGUUCAUGGACCACUAUGAUGUGGCCGUCAAGCAGCUCUAUGUGAUUGCCCUCUCUUGUCUGCUCCUAGCUAGUAAAUUUGAGGAGAAAGAAGACCGGGUUCCCAAACUGGAGCAGCUGAACUCUCUGGGUUUUAUGUGUAGCCUGAACCUGGUUCUCAACAAAAGGGAUCUGAUCAAAAUGGAGCUUCUGCUGCUGGAGACCUUUGGCUGGAAUCUGUGCAUGCCCACACCCGCCCACUUCAUUGACUACUACCUCCAUGCCUCGGUGCAGGAGGGUGACCUAUACAACGGCUGGCCCCUGUCCUCCCUCUCCAAAACCAAGGCUUUCAUGGACAAAUAUACUCACUACUUUCUGGAGGUCUCACUUCAAGAUCAUGCGUUCCUGAGUUUCCGACCAUCUCAGGUUGCUGCCGCGUGUGUGGCAGCAUCUCGCAUUUGCCUUCAGAUUUCCCCAAGCUGGACGACUGCUCUGCAUCUGCUAACAGGCUACACCUGGGACCACCUCACCCAGUGCAUCGAACUUAUGCUGCUUGCUCAUGACAACGACGUUAAGGAGGCCAACAAAACCAAAUCCACUCCUCCUCACCGACCAUCCUCCCUCCAGUCUCAGCCCCAGACCUCUCACCUCUCUCCAGUGUCGGCCAUCCAGAGACCGGCCUCCUCUUCCUCCUCCACCUCCUCCACACCACAGCUGCUCUUUCAGCCCGAUGGCUUCCCACACCUUUCCCAGCAUUCCCCGUCCCUGUCCCAGCUGCAAGCGCUAGCUGACUCCCAGGCUCUUGGGCCUGUGGUGAACAUGUCUCAGGACUUCUUUCAGAGCCACAGGAUGGGUCUUCUAACUGGCGCUCCCUCCUUGACUCCUGGGGGUGGGUUUCCCUCCUACCCGAGCCUGACCUCUGGUCUUCAGCCGGGGGCCCGUGCGCUGCCGCUCCAGGGCCCAAUUUCUGUGCAGAUGGCCCUCGCUGGAGAGCCGCGACACUGUCUGAGUAUGGCCUACAGCGGUGGCUACCUGGGGGCUCAUCACACCUUCACAGCCGGCUGCUUUGACAGGUGACGCCAGGAGACGGAGAGGGAUCACAAACCCCCACGGGAGUGCACUACUAUGCUUCCAUCCCAGCUCCCUACCCUGAAACAUCCACUUACAGACCUCCUCUCUCUCUCCGUCGGCACCGCAACACCUUCAUCAUGUCCAACUCCCCCGUCCCUCUCACAGAGACGCCUCAAACGCAAGCAGAGGUCCAAAGGCAAGACAGACCCGGUGGAAGUCAUCACACUGACGUGACAAGUGCUCCACUGAAAUACUGAGGCAUUACAAAAAUGUUAUUGCCAUAUUUUGAACUGGUUUUAUAAAUCUGUGCUAUUAUGAGACUGUCAUCACUGUGAAUGAGAUGAAAGCAGCAGUGUGAUCUAACACCCACCUCAUUCAGUGCCUGUUCUCAGUUGUGUGAUAGCUGAGCCAUUUUUAGAAGUGCACAGAACACAAAGUAUGUGUGAUAAGGAUAUCUUGCUGCUUGACUUUUUUUUCUUUUUAAUUUCUAAUCCCAAAAAAUGAACAAAUUGGCUGGUAUUUUUUCUUAAGCCACCAUUUGAGAGAUAGAAGAAACAGAGGCUUGGCAAGAAUUAAAAAGGCUAUGUAUGUCGGUGAAAUUUUUGGUUGUGUGUCCUUAAUGUCAGCGAACAUUGAUCUAACGCCUGUAAGCUCUGUUAGAGCUGAAGGGCCCCUCUGGGAAUUCCUCACCACAUAAGACCUCAGAGGAGACGAAGAAUUCAUUGUUUUGCGCACAGCAGGUGAAGUCCGCAGCUCAAACACACCUGCAGUGUUUCAGUUUUUUUUUUCGUUCCUCUUCUCGCUUGUCCUUGUCAUCUCGUCUCUCCCACCUCCAAAGUCGAGCCUUGUGGCAGAGCCGUCAAACACCCAGUGAAAAUGUGGCUCUCAUGAACCUGCAGGCUUUGUCAUACUAAAGUUUUAAUUUCUCCAGCGUCCACUACUCAAAGAAACUGAACACAAACUGAUGUGACUGGACCAGUGUGGUGAACGAGACGUGGAUGUUGGUUGUCUAUUGUACAUAUGAAUUGCUGCUGCCUUCUUAUGAACUGUUGGUUCUGUGUCUGUGUUAAUGACUCCAAUGUUUACAUGAACCACUAAGUAUCAGGGACUUGAACAAGAUUAC